AUGACUCUUAGAUUUCAGAAUUACAACAACGCAUUAGAAAAUGACACACAUAAUAUUGAGAUCUUCUACUCUGUUUUUGAAAAUCAAAAUUCAUGUCCAAUUCUUAUUGAGCGAUACAUCGAUUUAUUCGUUGGUAAUUCAUUCAUACUAUCAUGCUACAGCUCGAAACCCUUGCAAUUUCUCACUUCCAGAACACCUUCUGCUCUAGGUUUUAACGGCAAUUGUAUUAAAGGUGAAUUUUUAAUGGUCAAAAAUUGCACUUCUGCCAAUAUGGGUGUUGUUGUAUCAUUCACAAAUCAAACACAAGAUUAUGAUCAUAUUUCUUUUGAUCAAUGCGAAACAAAAACUGGCGGCUGUAUGAUUGCAGUUUGUCAAACAUAA